CCCGGCCGGCUUCGCAGGUCCCGCCCUCUCGUGGGCGGGGCGGUCUCGCGACGGGAAGCGGAAGUGCGCACCGCUGCUGAGGGCCGAGGGCGGCGUGGGCGCGUCUCCGGUGUCCUGGCGCGUCUCUAGAUCCUUCCCAGGAGUUCCAUUAUGGGUGUGAGAGGUUUGCAUGGGUUUGUGGCGAGUAGCUGCCCACACGUAUGUACAGUAGUAAACUUCAAGGAGCUGGCAGAGCGCCACCGGAGCCAGCACCCCGGAGGGACGCCCGCCAUUGUGGUCGACGCCAUGUGCUGCCUCAGGUACUGGUACACACCGGAGUCCUGGGUCUGCGGCGGACAGUGGCGGGAAUACUAUUCUUCUUUGCGAGAAUUCGUGAGAACUUUUACCGCUGUUGGCAUCAAGCUGAUCUUCUUCUUUGAUGGCAUGGUGGAGCAGUCCAAGAGAGACGAGUGGGUGAAACGCAGACUCAAGAAUAACAGGGAGAUAGCCAAGAUCUUCCACUACAUCAAGUCCCACAGGGAGCAGCCGGGCAGAAACAUGUUCUUCAUCCCCUCGGGGCUGGCCAUAUUUACGCAGUUUGCUUUGAAGACCCUAGGUCAGGAAACUCUGUGCUCGUUACAGGAGGCCGACUACGAGGUGGCCUCCUAUGGCUUCCAGAACAACUGUCUUGGGAUUCUUGGAGAAGACACUGACUACUUAAUCUAUGACACCUGUCCCUACUUUUCCAUCAGCGAGCUCUCCCUGGACAGUCUGGACACCGUCAUGCUCUGCCGGGAGAAGCUCUGUCAGAGCCUCGGGCUCCGCCUGGCCGACCUGCCCCUGCUGGCCUGCCUGCUUGGCAAUGACGUCGUCCCAGAAGGCAUGUUCGAGAGCUUUCGGUACAAAUGCUUGACUUCCUAUGCCUCUGUGAGAGAGAGCUGUGACAGAAAAGGUAACGUUAUCUUAGCUGUAGCAGACCACAUAUCUAAAGUUCUUCGGUUGCAUCAAGGUGAGAAAAAACUGGAAGAGAUGCUACCUUUGGGACCAAACAAAGCUCUUUUUUAUAAAGGAGUAGCGUCGUAUCUUUUGCCAGGACAGAAAUCUCCAUGGUUUAUCCAAAAACCUAAAGAUGUAGUAACUUUGGAUAAGCAGGUACUAUCCAUGAGUUCAGAUCCUGAAUCUAAGCAAGAGUUUCCUGUGUGUAUGGACCCUGAAUCCAAGCAGAAAUUACCUGUGGGUACAGACCCUGAGUUUAACCUAGAAGCACCCAUGUGUACAAACACUGAAGUUAAACAAGAAGACCCUGUAAAUGUGGGGCCUGAAGCCAAGCAUCAAGUAACUGUGGCUUUGGAUCCUGAAAUCUUAAAGGUCGCCAGAGCACAGCAUGUCCAGGCAGAGAGCUACCUGGUGUACAGCGUGAUGAGCAGCGGCGAGGUGGAGUGCAGCAACAGCUUGGAGGAUGCCACGGACCAGGCCCUGCCCAGCCAGGCUUUUGUCUACCGCCCUGUGCGGCAGCGCGUCUACUCCCUUCUGCUGGGGGGUGGCGGCGGUGGUUCCAGCACCGGCCCCGCUGUCAAGGAGUGGUUUGUGUACUCCGGGAACCCACUGAGGCAGCCGGACCUCGUCAGGCCGCUGCAGAUGAACAUUCCAGGGGGAACGCCUAGUUUGAGACAGCUGUGGCUGAGCCAAGAGCCAGGAAUCCAGGCCCAGCGCUUGGACACACUGCUGGCCUGCUUUGACCUGUCAUCCUCACGAGAAGAACUGCAGGCAGUUGAGCGCCCCUUUCAGGCGCUGUGCUGCCUCCUGGUCUACCUGUUCGUGCAGGUGGACACUCUCUGUCUGGAGGAUUUGCACGCCUUCAUUGCGCAGGCCCUGUGCCUCCAAGGAAAGCCUACCAUGGAGCUUGCAGAUUUGCAGCUCGACCACAUCGACCCCAGAGCUGUGCAGCUGGCCACCCUCCUGGUGCGCGGUCUCACCACCCUGGUGCUGGUCAAUGGUGCCUGCGGCUCCCCCUGGGAGAUGGCUGACUUCAUGCCCUGGCACCUGUUCGAUGGGAAGCUGUUUCAUCAGAAGUACCUGCAGUCUGAGAAAGGGUACACUGCAGAGGUGCUCGUGGAGCAGAACAGGUCCCACGUCACCAGAUUCCACACCCUGAAGUCGGUCGUGUGCAAGGCCUGUGGGAAGGAAAGCAGACCAAUCGUCAGCAGGCGGCACUGGCGUCCACACCAUGCAGGGCGGUGGGGCCGACAGGGAUCCAGCUCCCACGGGACAAGCUCCGGGUACAGCCGGUAUGGCCACGGACAGCACUGGAGGGACCAGGGGCCAGGAAGUAGACAGUAUGAGCCUGACCAGUGGAGAAGAUAUUAAUCAUCUUCUGGGUAGUCCACCACUUAACAUCUUCAGAAUAAAUCAGUUCUAUCAAAGAUUAGAGUAAAACAUCUGUCUUUAUACCAUAAAUCUUUCAUAGCAAGUACCAAACUUUUAAAAGAAUUCAGAUGUUAAAACCUCCCAACUUGGUUUCAAGGUAAGUUUGCUUUCUCUAGAAAAAGUGUGCACAGAAGACGCCUCCGCGUCGGGCGUCAAACCAGAGCGAAGCCUCUGGGCCUCUGGGCCCCCUUCAGAGUGAAGUCAUCGGAGGAGAGGCUCGCCGGGGGUUCCGGACCCAGAGUCACUUCAAGAGGAAAAGCAUCUAUUUCAGCCUUCUUCCUCAUUCGACUUUAAAACGCCUUUGUGGGCUUACCUGUAGACGUCGUCCGGACUCCACGUCCCCAAACAGCCAUGGUUAACGUCUUCAUGCCGGUCUGCAUCUGUUGAUUCUUUUAAUGAAUUGAAAUCUUACUAUAUCCCACUUUUUUUUAACUUUAAUACUAGACUGUGAGGAUAUUUCCCAGGUGAUCUUAUCUUUUAAGACAUGAUGUCUAAUAAGCUGUAUCAUUUUCCAGAAAUUAUUUACUAAUCAUAAAUGGUAACCAGAAGUAAAGUUUCCAACUGUACCUUCAUAGAGAAAGAGGUACCAGCUUCCUUCUCACCUUUUUGGUGGGAGAGGUGACUGCAUGGUCUUGACAUGCCUGUGACGCAUGGUCUGUUUCAGUUGUUUUACCCUUUCAUUUAGAAUUUGCUCCAGCCCAGAGCCUGUGCCUGUGAAGACACCUGGACUCAGCACACAUUAGGCAUCAGGCAGGAAGCCUGCAAACCACGUAGCGAAAAGCAGUAGUUGAGUGUCAGGAAGCCUAAUUUAUGAUACUGCUAAUAAGUAGGACAUCUGUUGCUCUUUAUCUGUGAGCCCUGAAGGGCUCUUGUUGUUAGAAAAUAUUCUAAAUGAAUCCAAGUUCAGAGACAUUCUGUUCAUGAAAGAAUUUUCACAUAAUGUAAGAAUGGAAAUUUUAAGCCCCAAAUUGUCCUGGCCCCUGGGUAUUUUGAUAAUUGAAAAUAAUCUAGAUUAGGGAUGAGGUUAGCAGCUGUCUCCCUUUGGCCUGGAGCUGCUGUGACUGCCAAUCCACCUUCCAGGCUGCACCCGCACCCAGGAGAGCCUCUUGAGUCUGUGCUUGCCGGCACUCACAAGACAUGUCCUUCAGCUGAUGUCGUUAAAACAAAAUAAACCCUAAGCAAAUCACAGUGCAGUUUGUAUCUUUGCACUUGAUGCUUUAGCCUGACUGACAGCUCUGUGUGCAGGCUCCUUGCUUUGCUUUAGAAUCUCAUUUGCUAAUAUGUACCAAAAAGAAGUAUGGUCUCCCAUUCACUUCCUAUAGGUCCUUCCUCAGGACAUCUGCAUGUCUAGUCACUUCUCAUGCAAUCAUUUGGGACCUAUAGCCUUAUUUCCCAGUCUUAGAAAUAGGAUUUUUUUAUAUGUAGGUUUCCUGUCUAAAUUUUUAACCUUCUAUUCGUUUUGUUUUUGCUAAUUUGAUACCACUACUGCUUCUAGAAAUUUCAUUUCUUUGUUGCUUAUUUGUAUAACUUGGAAGUAAAUCUCUCAUUCCUUAGACUAGAAGAGUAGACUUCCAUGAAUAUCAUUUCCCCCCUUCAUAAGUAAAUUCUAACUUGUCAGUAAAAUAUUUUAUGUUCAUUUAGCAUGCUUAAGUAAAGCCACUGAGUUGAUAAAAUCUUUACUACAUUUGGAAAACCAGUGCAGUUAUUUUUUUUUCUAAUUUUGGUGGUGGUAUAUUAUCUCUGCAGUUAAGUCUUCUGAUGAAGGUUCCAUAUAUCAGUUUUAAAAUGAAAAUAAAAGUAUUAUUAUUCAUAAUGAAAUGUAAUUUCACUUUUUAAAAGUUAUUUAGAAGACAUUUUACCAUCCAACAUAUUGGGAUCUUGGUGAAGAAAAAGGAUGUUAAAUUUUGUCAGAUGCCUUUUCUGCAUCUAUUGAGAUAAUCAUAUAAUUUUUCAUUUUCAUUUUGUUAUUGUGGUAUAUCACAUUGAUUGAUUUGGGAAUGUUGAACCAUCCUUGCAUUCCUGAGAUAAGUUCCAGGUGCUCAAGGUGUACAGUCUUUUUAAUGUACUGUUGAAUUCAGUUUGCUAAUAUUAAGUUGAUGGAAAAGUUUUGGACUGUGGAUUUUAAAUCAUUAUAACUAGGCUCAAACACAUCUUUAUUAAUCAAAAUAGGAGCCAUUACAAUCAAUACAUUUCUACCAGUGAGAAAUAAGCUUAUUUCUGUAGCAUAAAAAUCCAUGCUUUGGGAUUUGACGAAUUCUUGGAAAGCAUUUUCUGCCUCCUCCUGGCUGUGGAAGUGUUUCGCCUGCAAGACGUGGUUGAGAUGUGUGAGGAAGUGGUUGUUGGCUGGCACUCGCCUGCUGUGACCAUGGCGCACGCGCAAAGCUUCAUAACCCGGUCCUUCCACCUCUGAAGUGGUGGUUGUGCAACGUGCAGCCGGGUGUUGUCGUGGAGAAUCGGGCCCUUGUGUUGACCAGUGUGGGCCGCAGGCAUUGCAGUUUUUGGUGCGUCUCAUCGAUGUGCUGAGCGUGCUUCUCAGAUAUAAUGGUUUUAGCGGGAUUCAGAAAACUGUAGUGGAUCAGCCCAGCAGCAGACCACCAUGGUGAAUGGGGACCACAGUUCCCAUGACCUUGUUUUGGUACAAGUUUGGCUUUGGGAAGCACAUCACCGGUUGUGGUAUAAAAUCUACUCUUCGUUGCAUGUCACAAUCCAACCAAGAAAUGGUUCAUUGUUGUGCAGAAUAAGAGAAGAUGACACUUCAAAGUGACGAUUGUUUUAUCUUUGGUCAGCUCACGAGGCACCCAUUUAUCGCGUUUUCACCAUCCCAAUUUGCUUAACGCCAAGUGACUGUAGGGUGGUCGAUGUUGAGUUCUUCAGCAACUGCUUAUGUAGUUGUAAGAAGGUCACCUUCAGCGGUGGCUUUCAGCUGGUCAUGGUCAACUCCCAGUGGCCGGCCCUCACGCUCCUCAUCUUCAGGGCUCCGUCUCCUUUGCACAACUUCUUGCGCUGCCACUGCCCUGUCCAAUCCAUGGAGUUGCAAAGAGUUGGACAUGACUGUGCGACUGAGCACACGCACAUGCUUUGUUGAGGAUUUUUGCAUCAGUAGUCAUUAGGGAUAUUGGCCUGUGAUUUUCUUUUCUUCUGGUAUCCUUGGCCGUUUUCAGUAUCAGGGUGAUGCUAUCCUUGUAAAAUGAGAUUGGAAGUAUUCCUUUCCCUUCAGUUUUUUGAAAGAGUCUAAGAAGGAUUAGCAUUAAUUCUUUUUUAAAUGUUUAAUAGAAUUCACCAGUGAAGCCAUUUGGUCCUGAGCUUUUGUUGGAAUGUUUUUAGUUACUGACUCAUUGGUCUGUUCUGAUUGUCUGUCUCAUUGUAGUUCAGUCUUGGUAAGUUGGGGCUUCCCAGGUGGUGCCAGUCUUAAAGAACCAACCUGCCAAUGCAGGAGACAUAAGAGAUGUGGGUUCGAUCCCUGGGUCUGGAAGAUCCCCUGGAGGAGGGCAUGGCAACCCACUCUGGUAUUGUCCUAGAGAAUCCCAUGGACAGAGGAGCCUGGGGGGCUAGUCCAUGGGGUUGCACAGAGUCAGACAAGACUGAAACAACGCACACACACACUCUCUGCCGUGCUUGGACUUAGUAUGUUCUUUUCCUAGUUCUUUCAAGUGCAGCGUUACAUGGUUUGAGAUCUUUCUUUUUUAAUAUACAGAUUUAUUGCUAUAAACUUCACUCUUAGAACUGCUUUUAUUGCAUUAAGUUUUUGUAUGUUGUAUUUCCAUUUUUGCUUGCCUGAAGAUACAUUUUGAUUUUCCUUUUGAUUUCUUCCUUGACUUAUUGCUUGGUCAAGAAUGUGUUAAUUUCCACAGAUUUGUGAAUUUUCCAGUUUUCCUCCUCUCAUUGAUUUCUAGUUUCAUAGCAUUGUUAUCCUUGGGCAAAUUCCAGGAGAUGGUAAGGGAUAGGGAAGCCUGGUGUGCUGCAAUCCAUGGAAUUACGAAGAGUCGGACAUGACUUAGUGACUGAGCAAUAACAACAGUUGUUAUCGGAAAAUACACUUGAUGUAACAUUAGCCUUAAAUUUUUAAGAUUUGUUUUGUGGACUAACAUAUCAGUCCUAGAGAAUAUUAUGUUGUUUUUACCUAAGAAGACUGUAUAUUCUGCUAUUGGAUGGAAAUGUUCUACAUACGUCUGUUAAGCCCACUUGAUAUAAAACAGUUCAAGUUCAGUGUUUAUUGAUUCUCUUUUAGGAUGAUUCUACUACCCAUUAAAAGCAAUUAUUGUUAGUACUAAUAUUAUGAUAUUAUUACAUUGC